CAAAUCAGUGACGCCGUACUCGACGCCCAUCUCUCCCAAGACCCGGACUCGAGGAUCGCCUGCGAGACGGCCACCAAAUCGGGUCUUAUCAUCGUUUUCGGCGAAAUCACUUCCAAUGCCAAUGUAGACAUCGAAGCCGUCAUCCGAAGAACCGUCGAGAAGAUUGGUUACGACGACGAGAGCAAAGGAAUUGAUUACAAGAAGUGCAAAGUAAUGAUAAAAAUGGAUAAACAGAGCCCUGAGAUCGCGUCGGGUGUUCACGAGAACAAGAAGAUCGAGGAGAUCGGCGCCGGAGACCAGGGGCUGAUGUUUGGUUACGCCACCGAUGAGACCGAGGAGUGUAUGCCUCUGACUGUGGUUCUGUCGCAUAAACUCAACGCAAAGAUCGCUGAAUUGCGACGGAAUGGCGUGUUCUGGUGGGCCAGACCUGACACCAAGACUCAGGUGACCUGCGAGUACUGCUUCAAGAAUGGAGCGGCGGUUCCACUGCGGGUCCACACCAUCGUCGUGUCGACACAGCAUUCAGAUGACGUGGACUUGGAUUUCUUGAGGAGUGAGAUAAUGGAGAAAGUGAUCAAAGAAGUGAUUCCCGCCAAAUACCUCAACGCAAACACCGUGUAUCACAUCAACCCGUGCGGGAAGUUCGUGUUGGGCGGACCCGCC